AUGAUCCGGGGCCGGGACCACUACAGUCUCGCGGUCCGACGCGACGACGGAAGCAUCGAGGACCUGCAGGAACGUCUUAGCCCCAUAUACAACGGACGCCUCCGGCGCAUGCCCCUCGCUCGAGGCGUGCUCACCCUCCUCGAAACUCUGAUUCUGGGCAUUAAGUCGUUGCAGAUCUCUGCCGACCUCGCCGCGACUCCGGCCAGUGAAAAGGGCGCCAGUGCCGAGGGCAUUCCCGGCUGGAUGAUGGGUGCCACCUUGGCCUUCUCGCUGGUAUUCGGAAUCGCGCUGUUCUUCCUGUUGCCCCUUGGCGUGGUUCGCGUUUUGGAGCCGAUGAUUGGCAGCGGCCUGAUCAGCGAGGCCAUUGAGGGCCUCCUCCGGCUGGCGAUCCUCGUGGGAUACGUGGCGGUGAUCGGCACCAUGCGCGACAUCCGGCGGGUCUACGCCUACCACGGCGCUGAGCACAUGACCGUCCACGCAUACGAGGCCGGCCUGCCCCUCAACGUCGACAACGUGCGUAAGUUCGGCACACCUCAUCCACGCUGCGGCACCGCAUUCCUUCUCACGGUGGUUGUGGUAUCGGUGGCCGUGUUUAUCGCUUUCGCUCUGUUGGAGUAUUCGUGGUGGUGGCGUAUCGCGUCCCGCAUCUUGCUCCUGCCGGUCAUUGCCGCCGUCAGCUACGAGGUCAUACGGUUCAGCGGCCGGCACCAGACCGCCAUCAUCGGAAAGGCUAUCGCCACUCCCGGCCUGUGGUUGCAGCGCCUGACCACCCGCGAACCUGACGACGAGCAGAUCGAGGUCGCCAUACGAGCCAUGGAAACCGCCGUCGCCGCCGACACCCAGCAAGCUUAA